UAUAAUCAAAGUAGAAUAUGAGAAAUGGCUAAAAUUUGUUCGAAUUUUUAUGAUGUGCUAAAUUCUGAUCCUAAUUAAAAUGUCUGAAACCAGCUUCCUUCUAAGCUUGAUAUCUUGACUUAGCUUCUUAUGACUCAAUAUAGACUGAAUGGACAUUAAAGAGCAAAAUAAUGGAGUCAUCACGCUAAAAUUUGACAGUAAAGAAUCACAAAGUGAAGAAGAAGCCUCAGUAGAUCAAGCCAAUGACUAUUUUGCACUAAGUGACCUUGGAGAGUCUGAUUCUAGCCAUCAACCAAAUAAGAAUUUUAACAAUAAUUUAAAAAGGAGAUCUAAUAAAUAUCAAAGCUUAUACCAGCGGAAUAGAGACAAGAUAAGAAAGCUCACAAAGCCAGUUUUAAAUGAACUUAAAUAAGGGUAUAUCAAAUGUUCAUGGUCAUUCUCCCUCUUUUGGAUUUGCUCCAGUCAUCUUCAACCAGAAGGCAGACUCUUACUGGGGUAUGAUCAGUAAGGACAUCUUCAGCUCCAAAGGAAAGAAGAAUCUUCACAUCCGGAAGCUCUUACAAGAGCAUGAUAUAGCUGAAUUAAAGCAGAAGAUGGUUUUAGACUGCUUCACAUUUGGCCAAAAGCUAUCUAACUCUUUGAAGAGUAACAUGAUUGUUGAAGAAAUUCAGCAAACAGUUCAGAAGAGAGAUAUAAAAGACAAAGACUCUGGUUCAAAAUAAUCGUCAUAAAAAGAAUAAGUGCAGAUCAGGAUAUCCCAAACGUGGGAGAAGAGCUUUCAUGCGACCAGGACAAAGGCUGAGCUCAUCUGUGAUUUCCAAUUUUGAUUCAAAUGAGGAUACCAAAGAAAAUGAUACUUUUGUCCCAGAUGAGCGUAGAGAUUUCCUUGAACCUAAUGCAAAAUAACUUUCAGCCAAGGUUAAGCUUAAACACAAAUAUAAAUGCAUUUCGACCAACUGCAGACGGAUUGAAGAUAAAAUAUGGCUUGCUUCACCCUGAUAAUGAUGACCUUGGGAACAUUCAUUCAAAAGUUAAAGAGGCAAACUCUUGUAGAAAUUUCAAUCCAAAAACACCAAAAGUUAAUGUAAGCAGGAAUCUGCAGAAGAAUUCUCUGCUCCAAACACAAUUCUUCCCUGAUAAAACAAUGGAAUGUGAUAGCUCAGUGCUCUGGAACAAAGCAUCGAUGAAGACUCCGGACAAGAAAAAGGUUAAGAAUUUGAAAGUGAAGAAAAGUACCAUCAAAAGCUUCCAUACCUUCCUUAUGAAAGAUCCUGUAAAGAGGAAGAACAAAGCUUUAAGCACGAGCUAUGUCUUAAAAAGUCUAAUGCACUCGAUUAAGAACAACCAAAGAAUUUUCCUUGGCAAAGAGAGAGUGAAAAAUAAAGUCCUUUUUAAACCUAAAAUAUCUCUGAAAUCUAGAAGGAUCCAGCGACCUUCUUCAGUAGCAGAGCAUACAAAGUCGUCACUAGCUAAAUUUCGUACAAAAGUUGGUUCAAAUAAUCAGAAAAGGGAAAAUUUCAAAAUCUUUUAUAAAAAUACUCGGCCUAGGACCCAAUUUGGGUCGAGCCUAGGUAUGGAGAGUUUGAGUACUUCUCUUCCGCAUCAUCCAAGAAACAUGCCAAAUCUCUUGAGGCCGAGCACCGACACUUCUUCAUACAAUGUAAUAGUUCGGCAUGAACGAUCGUACAAGAAUUCAAUUUAGGCUA